UGCUACACUAUUAGACUAAGAUAGGAAGUUGUUUUUUCUUCAGAAGCAAUCCCCGAUAAGAAUAUUUAUUGUAGUUAAAUUUAGUACAUCGAGAGUGACGUGCCAGAAUGUUGCAUUACGUAUUACUAGUGACACUGUUCAACGUUGUUGAUGGAAGGUCGACUUUUUCGCUCGUCAAAACAAAUGUCAAUGAUGAAACUCAACGUGAAGCCGUGGAAAACCUUAUCGCACGAUUAAUUCCUGAACACUCACACAAAUUUUCCGUAAUUAUAAACGCCAAGCUUGCAGUAGAUGACAAGGACGUAUUCAAAUUGGAGAGACUAAGUAGCGGAAAUGUGCAAAUAACUGGUUCGACAGGGGUGGCGGCUGCUAGUGGAUUUCACCAUUAUCUUAAGUACUACUGCUCAUGCCAUGUUUCAUGGGAAGCGUCCAAUUUGAAUCUUCCUUCUCCGCUCCCCAAUGUGAACGUAACUGUGAACGCGCAAGAUAGGUUUCGAUAUUAUCAAAAUGUCUGCACGGCCAGUUACAGUUUCGCUUGGUGGCAAUGGAAAGACUGGGAGAAGCACAUUGAUUGGAUGGCGCUCAAUUCGUACAAUUUAGUUCUGGCGUUAACUGGGGUUGAAGCAAUAUGGAAGAAGGUUUACGAGAGACUAAACUUGACAGAAGAGGAAAUCAAAGCGCACUUUCCCGGCCCUGCUUUUCUUGCCUGGGGAAGGAUGGGUAAUAUUAGAGGUUGGGGCGGCCCCCUCUCUGACUAUUGGCAUGGCAAAUCUUUGCAGUUGCAGCACAAGAUUUUAGAUCGAAUGAGAAGCUUUGGAAUUGUACCCGUACUUCCAGCGUUUGCGGGACAUGUACCGAGAGCAAUUCAAAGAUUAUUCCCAAAUUCUAAGGUUACCAAAACGGAACAAUGGAACAAAUUCAAUGAUACCUAUUGCUGCCCUUAUCUGUUAGAACCUACCGAUCCAUUAUUCCAAACCAUUGCAAACAUGUUUAUGGAUGAGUUAAUCCAAGAGUUCGGAACUAACCACGUGUAUAGCUGUGAUACUUUCAAUGAGAUGCUUCCGGAUAAUCGUGAUGUAUCCUACCUUCAGAAAAUGGGACGAGCCGUUUACUCGGGUAUGAGUUCGUCUGACGCGAAUGCAAUUUGGGUGAUGCAGAAUUGGCUUUUCGUACACGAAAUUACUUUCUGGACACCAGAACGAGCCAAGGCUCUUUUAACUUCAGUACCUCAGGGCAAAAUGCUGGUGUUAGACCUACAGUCGGAACAACACCCGCAGUACAAUCGAUUCCAUUCGUACUACGGACAACCGUUCAUCUGGUGCAUGUUGCACGAUUUUGGAGGAACCUUAGGAAUGUUUGGGUCUCUAUACACUAUAAAUGCGGAAGUAUCGAAAGCACGAUUACAAGUGAACGGCACCAUGGUGGGAAGUGGAAUAACACCCGAAGGAAUUAAUCAAAAUUAUAUUCUCUAUGACUUUAUGAGCGAAGUGAGUUGGCGAACUGAACCAACUGACUUAACCAUUUGGGUUGCUAAAUAUGCCUUGAGAAGAUACGGCAAAGAGAAUGCCAUGGCCAUUAAAUCAUGGCAAAUUUUAAAGGAUACAGUUUAUAAUUUCACAUCAAUUAUUCCAAUGAGAGGAAAGUACGCCAUCACCCGAAGACCUAGCACUCGCAUCACGACAUGGAUAUGGUACGACCCUUGCGAUCUUUUACAAGCGUGGAAAUUUCUACUUCAAGCUUCCCAAGAUCUUCGAACCAGUAGUGCUUACCUAACCGACCUCACUGACCUAACACGCCAGGUCUUACAAGUUCUCGGUGACCAAUACUACAAGAAACUGAAGCAACAUUUUCGACUAAAAAAACGAGAGCUAUUCCAGCAGACUGCCACGACGUUUUUGGACAUAUUUCACGAUAUGGAGAAUGUGUUGCGUAGCAAUGAAGCAUUCUUAUUGGGUAAAUGGCUAAGUGCCGCCAAAAAUUUCGCUUCGCUAAACGGAGAGACUCUUCUGGAGGAAGAGAAAUUGUACGAAUACAAUGCAAGAAAUCAGAUCACAUUAUGGGGGCCGAACGGGGAAAUUAACGAUUAUGCAUGCAAGCAGUGGUCGGGAAUGGUAUCCGACUAUUACCAUGAAAGAUGGUUUCUGUUUGUAACAAGUAUGAAUGAAUCUUUAGUUCAAAAUGUACCUUUUCGGGAAGCGGCUGUCGUAAAAAGAGUGUUUAAAGAAAUUGAGGAACCGUUUACGUUCAGUAGGAAAGCGUAUCCUGAGUAUGCUUCAGGUGAUACAGUAUUAAUAGCCCAGGAACUAAUGGAGAAAUGGUGGCCAAAACAGCACUGUCGAUUUGAAAGGGCCAAUGAUUUCAAUUUAAGGGAUAUAUUUGAAAUCCGCCCAACUGUAAUUGUUGUAAAAUGAGUGAUAUUCGUCUGUUACAAUUUUUAGAUUUUAAAAAUACCUAAUGCAGGUAUACAAUUAAAUUACACAAUACAUAUAGGUACCUAAUUUAUUUAAAUGCAAAGAUAAUUUUACUGUAUAGUACCACAAAAAAAUAAAUGCGUCAGUUUCAAA